UAGUAACGUUUCUUUUAUCCGAAAAAAGAUUCUGGGAUGACCGUCCCGGCCUCUAUUUGUUUUUUUGCUCCAAUAAAUUAGUGCUACUAGCUGUUUCUGAGAAAGCAUACUAUACGAGCAGCGGUGCAGAACUAACACGAGUACUUAUUGGGAAAAAGAAAUAUAGAGACUGGCGUAUAAAAAACUCAUAGCUAUCCCUGAAAGACCCCUUUUACAUGCAUAUAGGAGGAGGAGGAGGAGAACAGGACUGAUCUUUUUUGUUUUUUAAGGUAAUGGUUUCCAUUUUUCUCUCCACCAUCUUCAAAAAGUUUCUUGCUUUGGCGCUUUGGAUGUUCACUGUUUUUGAAUUUGUAGAUGCGAAGUGGAACUUGAUCUUUUGUUUGAUUCAAUUUCCCCAAAAAACUCAUGUUCUUCAAUCUGUCUGGGGCUCUGUUGAGUAUAAAAGAUUUGAUUUUUAGGGACUUCUGCUUAGUUCUGUUUAUUUUACGUUUAGCGAAUCAAAUAAUCAAAUAAUUAUGCUAUUCGGAAGAAAUUGCAUUACCGCUUUUAAUUAUCUUCAAUAGCUAUGGGUUUAAAGCUGGGGUUUUUGAGUCGCGUUUUGGCUAUAACUAUUAUGUACUCGUUUGGUGACUAUCUUAUUGCUCGUAACACUAAGGACAUACGGAAUAUUAAUUAAGCAAAAAACAAGUAGAGAAAAUAGUACUGCACAAGUACUAUAUUUUUUUUAAGAAAAUAUAUAUACAGUAUUAAAUAUACUCCGUAUUAGUUUAAUUUUUACAAUAAUUGAGCAAAUUUAAAUGUUUGACUCACAUGUGUGAUGAUAUAUCUGUAUUCUGUCAUAAUGUAAAAAAAAUCACCCAAUUCAAUAAUUCAUUACUACCCUUCCUUGGGAAGUUUUUACUCCGUAUGAUUUAUCUCAUUUCCAAUAUUUGGAAACUUAUGUCCUUUUUUUCAUAUUCAUUUCUCUCUCACUUUUUCCCUUUCUUUUUCUUACUUUUUCUUCUAUCUAGUUCCUACAUUUUAUCAUUUUCUUAUUAAUUAAUUAAUUAAUUAAUUUAUUAAUUUAAUUAAUUAAUUAAUGAUAACCGAUAGCCACUAAUUCUGCAUACAAGUAUUGGAGUGGAAUAUCUGAUCUGCAAGUAUUUUUCAGUUGUAGCGUGCCUACUUCCCUUUUGUACUUACAAAUACAAACGUGAUUUGGGAUCUACUCAUUUUAACUGAAAUUUACUCAUGUGAUCUGAAGUGCCUAUCCAAUUAUCAGGGUACAUUUUGCUUCUCAACUAGGAUAAGAAUGGAGGGCGGUCUACAUAAAGCAGAUAAAACAGAGUUCACAGAAUGUUGGAGGUCGAUAUGGAGAACACCUUACAUCAUGCGGCUUGCCAUGUCUGCGGGGAUUGGUGGCUUUCUAUUCGGUUAUGAUACUGGUGUUAUUUCUGGCGCCUUGCUAUACAUUCGGGAUGACUUUAGAGCUGUUGAGCAGCACACAUGGCUACAGGAAAUGAUUGUGAGCAUGACGGUGGCAGGUGCCGUUGUGGGUGCUGCAUUGGGUGGAUUGCUAAGUGAUAAGAUAGGCCGAAAAAGAUCAAUUUUAAUAGCUGAUGUGCUGUUCUUUUUAGGUGCCAUUGUCAUGGCUCUUUCCCCCACUCCCUGGCUUAUAAUUAUAGGAAGAGUGUUGGUCGGUUUGGGAGUUGGAAUGGCUUCCAUGACAGCACCACUUUAUAUUUCGGAGGCCUCUCCGGCUAAAAUCAGAGGCGCUCUAGUUAGUGCUAAUGGUCUCCUACUUACAGGGGGACAGUUUCUGUCUUACCUUAUCAACUUAGCAUUCACCAAGGUACCAGGCACCUGGCGUUGGAUGCUAGGGAUUGCAGGAGUUCCUGCUUUUGUUCAGUUCAUGUUGAUGAUCUUUCUCCCGGAGUCACCUCGAUGGCUCUAUCGUCAGAACAAGGUAGAAGAAGCCAGGGCCGUGUUGGAGAAGAUCUAUCUGCCGAGUGAAGUCGAACAAGAAAUAAGGGCUUUGCAUGAAUCUGUUGAGCACGAGAAAGCGGAAUCAAAAGCAAUCGGAGACGGCGUUUUUGCUAAGUUAAAGAAUGCUUGGGGAAACACUGUGGUUCGCAGAGGUCUCUAUGCAGGCAUAACUGUUCAAGUAGCCCAACAAUUCGUUGGAAUCAACACUGUCAUGUAUUACAGUCCGACAAUCGUGCAACUUGCUGGAUUUGCCUCAAACAGGACUGCGAUAGCACUCUCACUCAUCACAUCUGGACUCAAUGCCUUUGGAAGUAUCAUGAGUAUGUGUUUUGUCGACAGGUAUGGGAGGAGGAGGUUGAUGAUCAUCUCGAUGAUAGGUACCAUAAUAUGCCUUGUUGUAUUGUCUGUCCUGUUCCAACAAGCUAGCAUCCAUUCCCCAGCCAUUAGUGUAAGCGAAUCCAAUCAUUUUGGAGUAAACUCUACAUGUCCCAGUUUCUUGAAACAACCAAACCCAGAAUCAUGGAGCUGUAUGUCAUGUCUCAGUGCAUCUGAUUGUUCCUUCUGCAGCAACUCUGCAAGCAAAUUUAACCCUGGGGCAUGCUUAUCUACUACAAAUGCUAUCGAAGGCCUGUGCAAAUCGGAAAGGCGUGAAUGGUACACUCAAGGUUGCCCGAGUAAGUUCGGUUUCUUUGCUGUCCUACUCCUAGGAGCAUACAUCAUAUCUUAUGCACCGGGCAUAGGAACGGCACCUUGGAUUGUGAACUCAGAGAUUUACCCCUUGAGAUACCGAGGCAUCGGUGGAGGCAUUGCUGCUGUGUCUAACUGGAUGUCCAAUCUCAUUGUGAGUCAGACCUUCUUAACUUUAACCGAGGCAAUUGGUCCUUGGGGCACAUUCCUAUUGUUUGCUGGAUUUGCACUCAUUGGCCUUAUAGCCAUCUUCUUCCUUGUACCGGAAACCAAAGGGUUGCCAUUCGAGGAGGUUGAGAAGUUGCUUGAGAAAGGCUUCAGACCAAAGAUUUUUUGCUUUAAAUCGAAGGAUAAAGCUCUCCCAUCAUAGGUUUACAAUGUGGUGUGAUUUUAGCUAAAUUACUUUCACACUGUCAUAUUAUUUACUAAUAAUAUUUUUAUCUGGUGUAAAUCCCUUAAAGAGGAAUGCUUAAUCUUGGCGUGCAUCCCUUAAAGGGAUUCAGGUUAAAGUUCCAUUUUUUUUGGAAAAAAUUAAAUAUAACAUUUUGAAAAAUAUGUUAAUAUUUUGUUCUGCAACUAUAUAUUAUGUCGUGAAAGACUUUUAGCUUCAUAUGGCUUUGAUUUGUUGUAAUGUUCAAUACUCCGUAUCUUAUUCGAGAGCUAUUUGGGCUAGUUUUUGGAGCCUUGGAGGUUUGGUUUGUAUAGAAGAAUCGUUUUGGGUUAAUACUCUGGAGAAUGGACAAUCGUUUUGGGUUACACAUAUAUUGCCAUUGGUUCAUCCCGCCAACCCGUUACAUAUAUGUUGGUGUGUUCGCUAUAUUUUUUUAUGAAGCUAGAAUGAUGUGUGAGCCGCGACAGAGACGAAGGGGUUGAGGCAUAAAGAGUUUAUAUUCGAUGGAACAAAGCUUAAAAUUUAAUAUAUUUUUCUUGGGAGGUCAAGACUCAAGACCUCCUCCGGCACCUCCCUGUUUUGUGAGCGACAAUAAUGUUUUAACCGUAUCAUCAUUAUAGUUUCGGGAUAUCAACAGAGAUAAUGAUAAAUAAAGGAAAUCAUUCCGAUGAUUUGAUAAUUCAAAAUCAUUAGGGCAUCCACAUCCAUGGUAUUAUUUGGAGAUUAUUUUGACGAUGUGG